AACAAAUUUGGAAAGAUGGCAUCUGGUGCGGCAAGCUUGGGGAAUUUGUCGGGGAAGGUGGCUCUGAUCACAGGGGCUAGCUCAGGGAUAGGAGCAGCCACAGCUAUAUUGUUCUCGCGUCUUGGGGCACAACUGGCUCUCACCGGGCGUAAAGAAGACAACCUGAAGAGGGUGGCAUCAGAAUGUGAACAAGGUGGUUCUAAGCCAUUCUUAUUUGUUGGUGAUAUGGCCAAGGAAGAAGACACCAAAGCACUCGUUGAACAGACAGUCAAACAAUUUGGGAAACUACAUGUUCUGGUGAACUGUGCUGGCAUUAUAGAACUAGGUACAAUAGAGAACACCUCCCUAGAGCAGUUUGAUCGCAUGUUUAAUAUCAAUGUCAGGUCCGUGUAUCAUCUUACCAUGCUUGCUGUGCCGUAUUUGAUUCAAACUAAAGGCAGUAUUGUUAAUGUUUCCAGUGUGAAUGGGUUGAGAUCUUUUCCUGGGGUAUUGUCAUACUGUAUGUCCAAGAGCGCUGUGGACCAGUUCACUCGCUGUACAGCACUAGAACUGGCCCCAAAACAAGUACGAGUAAAUAGUGUGAAUCCUGGGGUCGUGGUCACAGAGUUACAAAAGAGAGGAGGGUUAAAUGAUGAGGCGUAUGCCAAGUUCCUGGAGCGUUCCAAAGAGACACAUGCCUUGGGUCGUCCUGGACAGCCUGACGAGGUAGCCCGGACUAUUGCCUUCCUGGCCUCAGACGAUGCUUCCUUCAUCACCGGGGCGUGUUUACCAGUGGAUGGAGGCAGACAUGCUAUGUGUCCACGAUAAACCCAGCAACGGCUCACGAGUGCUCAAAUGUCACUACGAUCAGCACUUUUUGUUUGGAUUAUUUUUCAGAUCACUGUGAAGCAAAAUUGUAAACGGAACUAAAUUUGAGGCGAAUGUGUUUUUUGAAAUGUGAUUGAUUUGCCCAUUUUAUUAAUUAUCAGUUUUUUUUUUAAUACAUCGGUCCUAUGUAAAGUUUUUGGGACAAUAUUGUUAAACGGGAGCUAUGUAGUCAGUCCUCAGAUUUAAACACAGCACCUGCUAUAUAGUUACGUAUUUGUUUUUAGAAAAGUUGCUUUUAACGCUCCUUCAACACCCAGAUUUUCAAACAAUAUGGCCAGGAACCAGUGACAUGGUCGUAAGGACGACACUCAGUAAAAAGCUCCUUCCACCAUAAUGCUGGUCGCCGUCUAUAAGUGAAAUAUUUUCCAGUUAAAUAAAUGAAGAAAAGGGUUACACUGUGUAGAUCGAGUUCCCACAUGUUUAGGCGAGGCUUUGAUGUUGAGUUAGCCCUGAAAAGGAUUACCCAUUCUCCCAUUUCACACCUACAGCGCUCAUGAUAACGCCCCCACCCCGCUGGCGUAAAGCCGCAAAUCCUAUCCGAAAUGAUAGCACAGUUGGUAGAGCAUCCGCUUCGGGACCGGUAGAUCCAGGAUCAAUCCUUGAUCAAGUCACACCUAAGACUUUAAAAGAGGAAGUUGUAACUUCCUCGCUUGGCGUUCAGCAUGAAGGGGAUAGUGCAACGACUGGUUGACCCGUAUCAGUAUAAUGGCUAGGGCGGGGCGCCUUACUUGCCUUCGGUAAGUCGUCUCAGUGAAGCAGCACUAAAUAAAAGAACGGUGGAAAUCCGUCCUGCAACAAGGAGGCACAUUACACGUACAUGCACCCUAAUGAUUCCUUCGUCGUCAUAUGACUGAAAAAUUGCUGAGUACGACGUUGAACCCCAAGCACUCACUCACCCCUAUCCGAAAUAAUAGAAGAAUUACGGUAGGCCCCUACAUCUGGUCCUGUCAGCGAAAUAAAACUGUUAUCUGUUGAGAUAGCGUUAGGUUCUUUUUUAUUUUAUUCAGUUGAAUCAAGUUACAUGAGUUUGUACAUAUUCAAGGAUUUUUUUCAUUUAACAGAAAAUAAAACAAUUUCAUAUAUUUGUCUUGUAUGAAGUGCCAAUAAAGUGAAUCUAAAAAUAA